ACGUUUCUAGUACUUGGGCCUCACAUUCCACCUCUGAUAGAGUCAUUUGCCUCUGAAGAGCUCUUGUGAGGUGUAGCUAUUUGGCAAAGGUAAAGGGCCGUUGUCUUCUGUUAGUUUGAGGCAACAAACUUGGUCUAAGUGGCUUAGAUAGGGAAUAGUCUGUGUUUUAGAGGAGAAACCAUACCUCUGGGGCUUACUUUUCAUCCAGUUAUGAAGUUUUGAAGAGUCAGUCGCUUGAUCAGAUUCUAAAACUUUAAGUGGUAGGUCAUUUAAGAUUUUGUCAGCAGGUGGCACUGCUCUCCUUACCAGUCUCUCCAAGAAAAGAAUACGAUUUCUGUUUCUUUGCUGUUGAAUUCUUCAGACUUGUUUAUCCACACUCAAACAUUUCUCCUCAGUUUCUUUUUGUCUACAAUAUCUGUUUAUGCGUUUUAAUUUGUUUAUACCCUCUUUCCACAAAAAAUUUGAAAUUGCUUACAACAUGUAGUAUACAAUAGUACAACUUGCAAUAAAGAAUCUUAUGAUUUGAUUCUGAGUUGCAGGUAACUGGAUUUUAUAUAUAUAUAUAAUUUUUCCAUUGCAAGGUCUUUGGGUGAAUGGAGAGGGAGAAUGUCAUGUUUUUUCCAGGAUUUGAAAUUAAAAUGAAAGUUCUCACCUAAGUUUCUGUUGUACUCUUCUCAGCUAACCUAAUUUACAGUAAGUCAUUCUUGCUCUGUCAAAUCUAGGCAGUAUUUUUACUACCUGCAGCCUCAAGGAUGCACAACUAGCCUUACUCAACUUAUAAGCUUCAAUUUUUCCAGAUGCAGACCUCACCCACUAACUCGUCCUACACAGAUUGCCCUCUGUCUGCAAGGCCUUGUCCUGGGCAUUGGGCCCACCACAAGCAUAGCCAUUAGGUAGGCUUGGGUGUGCCCAAAUCAAUUUAUGAUAAAAGUCUUUUCUCUCAGAGCUUUUAGCUAGUUGGAGAAAGAAGACCUACGUUUAUACUCAUUAAAAUUGGCUAUUCCAGGCAAUAUUAUCAUCAAAUGCCAAAUCUUUGUGAUGGGUCUUAAUAGGGUUCGAGGAUUGUUCUACCCAUAAAAAGUAAAUCGGUAAAUUCCAUCUCGUUUAAGUUUUUAACGGGAAACCAGAUUAAAACUGCGGCUCCGAUGCAGUUUGUAAGGAAAGGCGCGGUACGCUGGAGUGGGGGGCAAGCUGGGCGGAGGACCAGGAAAACCCCUCAGUAGCAGCCACGCAGCUCCGGUGUACUUGACGGUGAUUACCCUGAAGGACCAGCGUCUCGCCCCGCCCACUGUUGUUGAAGGUUGGGACGACGAUUGCCGGGCAGGGCCUGGCGGGGGUACUUCAGGGAGCCAGCUCCUAGAGUUCCGCUGGGCUUCGAAGUUGGGGGCCCGGCUCCCCGCGCCCGCGGGAGGUGGCAGCGGCGGGGCGGGCGGCUUUGUGGCGCGCGCGGGUUCCACCAAGGGCGGCGCGGAGGCGGGACCGGACAGAGGCAUCCACCGCCCCCGGCACUCGGCCCAGCAGCCGGCGCCCCGCAUGGCCAGCCCUGCGGGAUCCGGCUUCCCGGCGCGCACCAACAGCCGCCUGGACGCGUUCUUGCGGAGGCAUCUGGCGCCCGAGGUCUACGACGCCAUCCGCGCCUACGAAUCGUGCAUCGUGGUGUCGGACUCCGAGAAGCACACCUUAAAGUACGUGGUCCUCAGCGACCGGCUCAUCUACCUGACCGAGAACCCGCCCAAGUCCAUCCGGCGAGUCGUGGCGCUGCGGGAUGUCCUGGCCAUUGACCUGAUUGAUGAUUACCCAGAAUUUUUGAGUCCACAAGAUAGAGAAACCAACCAACACAUUCGUAUCAUCUAUUCAACUGUUUUGAAAAAAGAGUAUGAAAGAUCAAAAGGUGUCAGGAAAUUCUUAUUUCCAUUUCAUCAUGCCAAUGCUAACAACAAAAAAGUCAAGGAAGAGAAUAAUGGCCCUUUGUUUUGGACAGACAAAGAGCCUAGAAGUCUGAAUGAAUCUUCUCUCAGGUACCACCAAGAGAGCAACACACCAUACAAGGAUGCAACUUUCUGUCCUUCAGACCUCAAGAAGCUGUUCCUUCGACCCUUACCUACGCCCUCCAGGAGGAGCUGUCAGUCCACAUCAACCACUGGCCAGGCUGUCAGCAUGCCAUCUUGCACAACAAACACAGAACCUGAGGGACUUCCAGAUCACAAAGGCUCUCUAAGUGAAAUCCCUUUCAAGUGCAAUGAGAACAUAAAUGAGUUUUACUUAGGAAAUUCCUCCCUGAUCUCCCCUUUACAGAGCAAUCUAAACCUAGAUAAAAAGGAGUCAGAACUUCAUUUGUAUAUUAUUUCUACAACCUCAUCCAUAUUUCUGCACUUAAAAAGUUCAUGGAACAAUUAUGUUAUAAAAGCUACUCUCUUACAAGAUCCCCUGUAUGUUAGUGAGCUCAGUCCUGCUACUGGAGGUCAGAAGCCAUACAGAUCUGAGGAGAAAAUUAAGCACUUCAGUCAACUUAAAUCUGAGCUUUUUCUUAAAGACAAUACUUUAAGGAAGAUACUUUGUUUAAUUACGGAACUUAAAGUAGCAGCCCAGAAAAACUUCAUUCUGAAAAGGCUUUUCUGGAAAACCAGUGACCUUUUCUAUUUCCUAGUGAACAAACUUCAUGAGUACUUGCCAGAGUCUAGGGAUAAAAAUGCACUUCAAAAUAAAAGCCAAAGAGCUGAUGAGCUGGUGGUGUGCAUUGAAAUCAUACAGACUCUAGGACUGAUGUUCAGAGAAACAGAAACUGAAUCAUCACGUCUGAACACAUUGGCAGCUAAGAAGGGAACACUAUUUAAUCUCUUGGUAAUUUUAAUUAGCAAACCUCAGAUUCCAAAAUCUUGUCCUGUGUUUGAUAUCCAGUUGGUGGCUGAUUCAACUUUAGUUGAGAUGUCUUUUGAUGCUGAGUUACAGAAGCUUAUCCUGGAAUAUACAGAUAGAGCUACAGCACUUUUAUAUGAGAUACUUCUUGUCUUUCAGCAGGGAAAUCUUGGAUUGGGAUCAACAAAGUUUGCUAUUAGCUGGAUGAUGUCCUUUCUACAAAGUCGUCCCCCCAUAAUUACUUUUGUGGCCAGUAUUGUGAAACAAGUGGUGAAGGGGCUUUCAGCUUCAUUUCAGAUGCUAAGUCCUGGCCAAGCAGUUCUGUUGUACCAGCAGUUUUUCAUCCUCAAGAGCUGCCUGCUGUACAGCAAGACUUUAGCUGAGUAUAUUAGGAAUGACUACAGAGAAGAAUUCAGGUACUUUAUUCACAUGCCAGCCUUGGAAAAAAGGCUCCCAUUGUGUUAUCCUAUUACCCAGCCUACUACUCAACUUUUUCAUGAAGUUCUGAAAUUGAUUGAACAGAAAUAGUGUGUGAAAUGUUAAUAAUUGAGUAUAAAAUGUUAAUUUGGAAUCAACUUAAUAUUUAUGAGAAACAUUUUUUGAUCUAUGUAGUACCUGGCUAUCCCUGUGUCUUAUAAACAAAGAUUUUAUUGGAAUAUUUCACCAAUCCUUCUUUGAGAGAGAAGUCUUUAAUGUUUUUUUUUAAUCUGUCACACAACAAAAAAACUUUAAAUACAUUGACAUGCAUAAAGUGGUGCUAAAAACUAGUGUUUCUCUAAAAAAAAAAAAAAAGUUUCUGAAGACAUAAAAACUAUGAAGGGAACAGAAGCCAAGGAGAGCAAAUGGAAAAGUGCAACCUGAUGAGUUUUGUUGGUGAGUGUCUGGAAGCCACUAAAAUAUCUAAAGAUAAAUUGUUGUGGGGAGUAUAAAUUACAUAGUGAUCAUUAGAGAAAUACUGAGCAAUACGGCAACACUCUCGUUCUAAACCUGUAAAAAUUUUAGUGACAGAAUAUUCAUGGAAGAAUGAGCAGAAGAACACAUGCGUAAUGAAAAUCAGUUCCUCAUUUGUUAUGGAGAAAGAAGCUUGUACUUUCUUCAACAAAAUUAAAUGCAUUUUGCCAUUCUGUUUCAGGCACCUGUGGGCUAAAGUGAGUAGUCUCAGAAUCUCUGUGAAAGAGAAAUUGUCUAUAUGCAGUUAUGCUCUCUCAACCAUUUUAAAAAAGUGUUUUCACUGUAUCUUAUGACAGUAAACUAAUUUAAUCCAACAAAAACUUAACUUUGAUAUCACUGUGAGCUAUUGAAUUUGGGCUUCUAAGAACUUAGGAACUGGAUCCUCCACUCAACUUAGCAUGACUUGGGGAAGAGAAAUCCACCUCCAAAGAAAGAGCUCCCAGGCCAGAUCUGCCUGUGCUGUGCAGUGGAGACAGAAUUAUAUUCACUCAGCACAUCUUAUUUUUGGUUGUGGCUUUGCCAUUAACCAGCUAUUUGACCUCUAACAAGUCAUGUCUCCUUUCUGGGCCUCUUCUCAUAUAUGGAAGGGUGGGACUAGAAGUUGUUUAAGUUCUCUACCAGCUCUAACAUUCUCUGCCUGUGAAAGACACUUCUUAACACUCUGUAAAGGAGUAAGUAGUGCAUUCCUCUACUAUCUUGGCUCAGUGAAUGAUUUCACAUUGAUUCCAAAUAAUCCUGCUUUCUUUAGACUAAACAUUUCCCUUUGAGCUGUCACCAACAUCACCCUGCAUAGUGUCCAAGCCUUCUCCACCAUCACCCAUCAAGGACUAUAAGUCUUCUACUCCUCAAUUUGAGGGCAGAGAGGGGAGCCAAAUGAUAUUUAUGAAUGUCCUGGGCUGUUAGAUGGGGGAUUAUUCUCGAGAGAUGGUUGAUCAGAAGAAUAUGAAAAGAUUCUUGGGAAACAGACAAGCAACACUUCAAACUGGACAGAUGAUGGACAGUGGGUUGACUACUGGUGAAUGGUGGAACCUACAAAAAGACAAUUAGAGAAUCACCUCAGGUUUGCCUCAGCUUCUAAGCAGUGCCCUUGCUCUGGGCUAGGAGUAGUGCAGGCUCUAGAGAGGGCUUGGCAUUUCUCUCCCAUGUACCUUCAUGUCCAUGUCACCUCUUCUCUCCCACUGCUCUUUAUCUAACACACUUUAUCUAAUCUCCAGGGGCAAAAGCUCUGUCAGAAUGUACCUGAAUCUUUCUAAGUCAGUAGCCCUUUUGGUUGAAUAUCUGUCACUUUGAUUUUCUUAUGGCACAUGUCUAUUCAUUUGUACAGUUUGGGAAAGGAGGGAAAACCCAGAAGUUAAUACUUUAAAGGUUUAUCUUGCCACGAUUCUUUUCUACUGAGUGUCUUUUGCAUUGUUGCCAAAGCCAAGAAAUUACUAAAUAAUCCAUCUUUUCUAAUGAUCAGACACAUUUGAUUGACUAAACAUUGACCUCAAGCACAAAACAAUUAUUUUUCAGGAAACCUAACUAGAAAAAUUUUGAAUAUGAAAAUCACAUAAAUAACAAAGGAUCACCAAAAAAGAUAAGCAUACAUAGCCAGUUUUCAGGGUGGGUUCAAGGUUCUGGACUUUGACCACCUUUAUAAUACAAGCAUUGGCAUUUACCACACCCCUACUAAGAGUACAGUCACUCACAAUAAUCAGCUCUACCAUUAAAAACAAACACAUAUAUGUACACUCACACACAAUAUAAGGGCUAAGAGCAUGGGUUUUGAGGCCAAAAUCAUUUAGUUUAAAUCCAAGCUCUCCACUAGUUUUAGACCUUGGAAAGUUACUUAACAUCUUAAGUUUCGGUCAAAGCAAAGAUAAUAUAACCUAUCCCACAGGGUUGUUAGGAGAUUUCAAUGAAAAGGUGUUGGUAAAGCCCAUAUCGUGGCAUCUGGCAUGUAGUAAGGAAUCGGUAUAUGGUAUUAAUUAUUAACAUAAUACCAAAGAUGACUGAGAAAUUAGAGAUUAAUAAGUAUUGCUCUUAUUUUCUGGACCAAUUUGGGAACUAACUAAUAAACUCAGAGAAUCCUUGAUCUAUAUAGCAUUGAAGAACAAAUUCAUUUAGUUAUUAAAUUGAAAAUUCAGUUUUCCAUUAAUAAGAGUGUUAUUUAAUUGACAAGUGACUCUUUCUACUCAACACCAUGAAGAAUUGUUGGCUCUAAAUGACACUAUCAAUGCAAAAGCUAUGUGGGAAAUAUUCUUCCCAAGGGUAGACAGAAAGCUUUUUAGUCAUGAAAACUUUUUUCAGCCUUUGAAUUGAAUAGCUAAUUAUUAACUGAUAAAACUGAUGUAGCUUUUCUGUACUUAGAAUUCCUAAUUGAUUCAUAGGUAGUGUUAGAGGAAAUAAAUGAAGACUUUCUUCAUUUUACUGAAAUCUAGAUAAUCUAGAUACUUUGUAAAGAGAGAAAAGCUUAAAGUUCCUAUAAUCAAUAGUAUAUUUUACAUUUUUUCAUUUGAACUCAGUUACUGGUAGUGCCGCCUUCAAUUGUAUAUAGGAAUGCUUGAGAGUACAGUAAUAAAUAUGCUAUAAGGUAUUUGAUAAAAGUGGUCAAAGCUUGGUGAGAGUGAUAUGCUUCAACCUGUGGCAUUAUAUUUUCUUUUUCUGAGGUGAGAAUCAUUUGUUUUCUAUUUCAUAUAUGUGAUAAAUAUGAAAGAAAAGCUGGAAAUUUCUUGAAGGAAUGAAUUUGAUGGGAAUUUCUGAGUAACUUUCAAUAGUGUUAACUCACUGUCUGAUUUCUCUUUGUUCAUUGCAUUUACUUCUAAAAUGCAGCAACAGCCUUUAAGGUCCACUUGGGUUUGGCUCUGGUUCUCUGUAGGAGGGAGAUAGCAAUUCUCCAUCCAGUCAGACCAAGCACUCUUGUGUCUGUAUAGCUGUGUCUUUUGGAUUUGAAACUUUUCUCAUUUUGGAGAAGGCAGCAUGACUCAUUUCAGCAUGGCUGGAAAUCUGAGUAGUAUAACCUUGUGGCUAAGAGUACAGAUGCUAUGUCAGAAAGAACUUGUUUUGACUCCUGCCUACCUACUUCCUUGUAAUCAGUUUUGGUAGGUUAUUUAACCUAUUUCAGAACUUUCAUUUCAUCAAUUUUAAGAUAAUAAAAAGCCUACUUUGAA